AUGCUGGACGAGUCCGCACAGACAGACUGCACGGUGUGUUGCUGCACGCUGACCAACAAAAUACUGAUGGUAGUUUUCAUGAUCCUGUUGAUCUUCGCUAUAUUGUUUGGAAACUCGGUGACUCUCACCGUAGUCCUUGGUACAAGACACUUCAAAACGCCACAGGGCUACCUGAAAGCCUCUUUGGCGGUCGCUGACCUGGCUGUGGGUAUCUUUGUGGUGCCCCUCUCCGUUUAUGCCGAGGUGUCGCUUAUGAUUACUGACUACAAGCCAGAAUGGACAAUGAACAACUCGCUGACCACCCCAUUUCACCCGUGCAAUUUCAUCGGUCCGAUAUUUGCUGGAUGCACUCUUGUUUCCAUCACAACUAUUUUCCUCCUCACCAUUGAGCGCAGCAUCGCCGUUUUGAAACCUCUGCACAAGGAGUCUGUGAUCACCAGGAAACGAACAACCAUCCUCAUCGUUCUGUCAUGGGUGGGAAGUUUCUUUCUGGCAGUGUCUCCUAUCCUUUACAGCAAUGACAUUGUCUUGGAAUACAACUCUUGCAGCAGAAUGUGCAACUACGCGUUAAGAGCCAGCGAGUUUCCGACUCAAGCAUGCAACAUUCUUUUGUUGUUUCCUGCCUUCGAUUUCACUCUGCUUGGGGCAACAGUGGUUAUUAACAUCUUGUCGCUCUCCACAAUCCGUCAGCAUUCCAAACGAAGGAAAGAUUUAGCCGAAACGGACUGUCAGAAUAUCACCAGACCUACUUUUUCCGACGUCAAAGCUGCAAAGACCAUAGGAACUCUGACAUUGGCCUUUACCGCGUCAUUCACUCCCAUUGCCGUCUUUGUUGUUGGAAACGUGAUUGGAAACGAAUGGUGCAAUUUUUCAUUUUUUGCUUUUUGGAUACUGACAACCAACAGUUGCUGGAAUGUGAUCAUUUACAGCGUAAGAGAUCAGAAGUUCAGACACCGCGCCCAGCAGCUGCUAAUAUCUUCACAAAUCAAGAAUGUAUCAAAAACAUAGCUGGGGUGGCAGUUUUUUUUAACGUUUACAAAAACAACAGACAUUUUGACCAAGAAUAUCGUCCGAAUGCCUUGCUUGGACUGAAUAUCGCUCUUGCAAUGGGAAAAUUAAAAAGGUGUACAAAGAUGUACAAAGUAUGCAUGAAUUAAAGUAAGGAAAAUGU